CUAAGGGACCCCUCUCGAAAGCUAAAAAUUAAGUCACCUUUUCUAUGAUAGGAGACAAAGUCUUUGAUGAAGAGAGAGAUUGAGAAAGAGAACAACAAUACUUGGAAAGAAAGAGAGAGCACUUUUGUGGUUGGAUUCAUACUCCCAUGGCUGAAGGAAUAUAAUUUCCAUUUUACAGUGAGAGCAAAACAGUGGGGGAAAAAAAAAAAAAGAAAAAAAAGAAAGAAAGAAAGAUCUUCAAUUCCUUCACUCCCUCAAACAUGUUUAAUGGAAUUCCAGACCAGUUCUACCAGUUCAUAGAUUCAAGAACAACACCUCUCACUCUUCCUUUCUCUCUUCCCCUUCAUAUCUCCCCUUCUUCCUUCUCACCUCUUGAUCCCCCUCCUUCCCAUCCUCAACAUCAACAACAUCAACAACAACAACAACAACUCUUCUUCCAAUCUCAUCAUCCUCUUCUCCACCAUCACCACUUGCACCGACAAUCACCCACAGUCCAAGAUGAUGAUGAUGAAGAAGAAGAAGAAGAAGAAGAAGAAGAGCAAGAGGAAGAAAGAGAAGAAAUGGGUAGAACAAACAUGGAGGUUCAUGUCUUAAACUUGAAACCCACUUCUCAACUAGCAGAUCCUUGGACUGAAGAAGAGAUACUUGCACUAUGGAGGGUCAGAUCUAGCAUCGAAUCCGGCUUCACUGAUUUCCUCUGGGAACAUAUUUCAAGGAAACUUGCAGAGGUUGGGUUCAAAAGGAGUGCUGAGAAAUGCAAGGAGAAGUAUGAUGAGGUCAGUAAAUACUUCAACAACAACAAUGACAAUACUGGUUAUAGUAAGAAUUACAAGUCCUUUAAUGAACUUGAAGCUCUAUAUGAAGGGGCAAAAAAUCCUAACCCUACUACAUCAGCUAAAAAAGUGGUAAUGAGUGAUAAAGGAGGUUCAAAGUUGAAAUUUGAUUCUGAAGAGAACUCUGGAAAUGAAACAUUAGUAAACCCUACUGUGGAAAAAGACUGUGUGAUCAGAAAUUCAAGAAAGAAGAAGAGGAAAAGGUAUCAGAAAUUCAAAUUGAUCAAGAGAUUCUGUGAGGAAAUUGUGAACAAGAUCAUGGUCCAACAAGAGGAACUGCAAAACAAGCUUUUACAAGACAUGGAAAGGAAAGAAGAAGAGAGAAUGGUUAGAGAAGAAACUUGGAGGAGACAAGAGAUGGCUCGGAUGGAUAAGGAGAUUGAGUUAAGAGCUCGUGAACAAGCCAUUGCAUGCGAUAGAGAGACAACAAUAAUUGAAUUCUUGAAGAAUUUAGGGUCUUGUCCAUCUCAAUUCCAAGCAAAAAAGAUUCCUCCAAAUCAAGUACUCAAUUCUCCUCCUUUAAACCCAUUACAAAACCCUAAUCCAGUAGAAGUAGCCAGUGCUUCAUCUACUCCUGAUCUAACCUCACAAAACCCUGAAUCCCUUCCCAACCAAGAAAACCCAAUUCCCCAAAACCCUAAUUACACAUCUAGUGAUAAAGAAGAUCAUGGCAAAAGAUGGCCAAGAAAUGAGGUUUACUCUUUAAUAAACCUAAGAUGCAAUCUCCAUAGUAGUGGUGAAGACAAAGAAGGAUCAAAGAUUCCUUUAUGGGAGAGAAUCUCAAAAGGUAUGUUGGAAUUGGGUUACAAGAGGAGUGCAAAGAGAUGCAAAGAGAAAUGGGAGAAUAUAAACAAGUAUUUCAGGAAAACCAGAGAUGCAAACAAGAAAAGGUCUCUUGAUUCCAAAACAUGUCCUUAUUUCCAUCAACUGAGCAGUUUGUACAAUCAAGGUAAGCUUGUUUUAACCUCUGAAGGGCCUGAAAACCAUUCGAGUUCGCCGGAAAACCGCUCGGAAUCGCCGGUGGCACAUUUCAGAUCACCUGAGAAUGGUUUAGAUGAUGAAGGUAAGAAGAACUUGGCUCAAGUACCCGCCUCAGACUUUGAAUAUUAA